AUGAAGUUCUCUACCUUGAUUGCUGCCUCUGGCGCCAUUACACCCGCCUUCGCUCUCCCACAGUUUCUGCCCUCGGCUGGUACAGAGUGGACUCCACAAGAGUGGCGUGCUCCGGGUGCAAACGACUCUCGUGGUCCCUGCCCCGGCCUCAACACAUUGGCCAACCAUGGCUACCUUCCUCAUGACGGGAAGAACAUCGAUUUGAAAAAGCUUGCCGAUGGAAUGCUCGCUGGUUUCAACAUCGAGAAAAGCGAUGCUCUCCUUCUUUUCACUCAGGCUAUCAGGACGAGCCCCGACUAUCCCAGGACCCGCACGUUUGACCUGGCCGACCUUGGUCGUCACGAUAUCCUCGAGCACGACAUUUCUAUCAGUCGCUCCGAUGCCUUUUUUGCUGACCCGAACCCAUUCAACGAAACUGUUUGGGCUGAGACCCUCACAUACUUUCCCGACGACAUCAUCACAGUCGAACAAGUUGCAAAGGCGCGAAUGGGUCGUCUUGCAACUUCCAAAAAGACCAAUCCUCAGCACUCCUUGUCUGCAUUGGCCGACGGCUUUAGUUGGGGCGAGAUGGCUUCUUUCUUCGAGAUCAUGGCUGAUGGAAAAACCGGCACGGUAGAGAAGAAGUUCAUCGAGUACUGGUUCAAGAACGAACGUCUACCCACCGAGAUUGGAUGGAAGCGACGCACCACUACCAUGCGUGGCAUUGAGCGUAUUGCUUUCACUAGAAAGUUGAUGGAGGCUGCUGGAGUUUCCCGUCGCGAUGUCACGAGUGAUGCUUAUGGUCGCCCGCUUGUACAGUAA